AUGGAGCGGCGGCCGGGCUGGCGGGGGCGCGCGCGCGGGGCGGGCCGAGGGCCCGGGCCUGCCGCGGGCGGCGCGGCUCCCGGACGCCUGGGCCCCCGGCCGCGUCCCGCCCCGCCUGCUCCUCUGCGCGGCUCCCGGGCGACCGGCGCUCCCGCCUCCCGCCUUCCCCGCUCCCGGCCGGGCCCCGGCCCGGCGGCGCGCGCUCACACCCUCGGCCCAAGCCGCCCUCAAGCCGAGCGCUGCGGACGGGGGCGCGCAAACUGCCGCCGGCCGGGACCCUGCGGCGAGUGCCGGAACCCGGCCGGGCGGGGCCUCCCGCGGACCGGCCGCUUUAUUGGGUCACCGGCCUCGCCCACCGCCCUGCAGGCCGCAGCCAUCUCGGCGGGCGCGCCGCUCGUGGCCCGCGCCCCAUCCCCAGGCCUGCACGAGCUGAACACUGCCCCAAGAAUGCAACAGAACCUCAACUCUGUCCCAAGGUCAUCAGCCACAGCUGCAAGUUUCUUCGCAUCAGCUUUUUCUGAACAAAAUAGUGCAUCCUGCUGGAAUCACUACUGUAAACUGAGUAUAAAGGAAAAUAAACCCUCUUUUUCUUAUCCACUGUGUUCCCUAGUCCCGUGCUUUUCCCAAUGCUCCAGGUUAGUAGAGGCAAAAGAAUUCCCCACUGAGGAGGUACUACAUCCUAUACAAUUUGUUCCACACAUUUUAAUUUCAUUAAGAGAAAACAAAGAUGUUUAA